AUGGCUCCUUCUCCCGGUCCUUCUUCUCGUCCUCCUCCCCUCGGCCGUUUGCGCCUUGCCUCGCCGGCCGAUAUCCCGCGCAUCGGCAUCGUCGCUGCUUCUGGAUUUCCCUAUUCUCCCGUCUUUGACUGGGAGCGCCCAAGUCAUGCCAAGUUUCCUCAAGAUACCCUCCUUUCGUAUCGCCACGAGUUCUCGGCUGUCAUCAAAAGUCCCGAGCACAUCGUCCUUGUCGCCACCGACAAGUUUGAUCCCAACGAAGGAAAAAAGACCAAGGCAAUCAUACCGCCCAACAAUGGUUGGCCUACACCCAAACCUCAUGAUGAGGUGGUUGUCGGUGUGGCCUGUUGGAAACUCCCGCCUGGGUCAAACAGAAAAGGAUCAUUUCAAAAUGAUGGCGCACCUUAUCCUGAACUCCUGGAAAACCCAAUGAGAGACAUGGACAAGGACCACUGCGACGCGCUUGACGAGCUCUGCGAGGCGGCGGAAGAACAGUACUUCCAGGGUCUCGCUACAAUGGAGAUGGUCGUCGUACAUCCCGCGUACUGGAGACGCGGUCAUGGAGGCCGUCUAGUUCGGUGGGGCAUCGAUCUCGCCAAACUAGACAAGGUCUGCCAAGGGGUCAUUGCCGCUGAGAUGGGCAAAUCGCUUUACCUUUCUCUAGGUUACGAGGAACUCGAAGACUUGCACCUCGACGGCGUUCAUGUCUCGGCCAUGCAAUACCACAUCAAGUCGGACUCUGCUGUGAAACGACUCCUGUCAAGGGUGACGCGACUGAGACGACACAUUCCUAUGCCAGUGCCAGCUGAAGCGCCACCACUUCGUCAGGCCUGCCAGAGACGUUUCAAGAAGAAGUGCAGUGAGGAAAGGCCUACCUGUCAGCGCUGCAAGAGCGCCGGCGUAGCUUGCGAGUAUGGGGUUCACCUGAGAUGGGGCGGGAGACCCUUCAAUCGCUCUGCGUUUGGCAAUUGUCUAUCUCGGAGUGAGUUGAGUGUUCAGAGACUAGAUAUCAAUCAGGAUAACUUCAUCUACGUCUCUCCCUCCACACCUCAACCAAGCCAGGCUGCUGUCGCCGUCUCUACUCCUCCCCCUUCUUCCUCUCCCUCAUCAAGUACCCUAUCCAAGGAAACAGAAAACUAUGACACCUCUUCCUCAACCUCAUCAGAAGUCUCUCUGUUAAGUCCAGCUAAAACCUAUGACCUGGUUCCUCGGCGGCGACAAUUAUCUCUACCACUUCCCGUCGGAUACUUCAGUCACCUAUCACCCCUGCACAUGUCCGGCCUUCAAUAUUUUACAGAACGAACCGUCAGAGCUCUCGCCCCUCAUCCUCAAAUAUUCGAUGAGCUAUGCGAGUUGAUUCUUCCCAUGGCCGUCUUCAACGACGCUCUAUUACAGGGCAUCGUCGCCCUCGCCGCCGUACACAAACUGGCCAGCUGCAAGACAAGUGACGAGCAGACUGCACAAUGUCUCAUCAUAGAAGGCUUCCAGGCCCUAAGUUCAAGAUCUCUAUGCCAGAGGCUCUCUGAAUGCGAUGACGACCGACAGCUCGUGCCACUGCUAGCUGCAGCAAGGACCUUGUUCGUCUGCGAGGUCUUUGCUGCCAAUCCCAGCCGUGACCGAUGGAGCAUACACUUCCGGGGCGCUCGGGGGCUUAUCUCUCGACUCCAAGACAAGGGCCUCUCACAAAAUCCGACAGAUGAGCUGCGCUUUUUGUUGCGCUGGUUCGACAUGACCGAGUCACUAGUUUGCCACGCUGCCAGUGAUCUGGUGUCUGAACAAACAACGAUCCCUACCCCCUCGACGCAGUCCUCUGAUAGCGAACCUGUGUACAUUGACAUGUACCUGGCGCGCACAAGAGAUCUACUAGGCGUGUUCAAGGAGAUUGCCCGGCUACAGCAUCGCAGUAACAAGGCCACAGACGCAGAAGAUGCCGAGGUUUCAUGGCUUCUGAGCUAUCUUCAGGGCAUCAUCGACCGAGAUCGAGCCAAUCCACCUCCAGUUCUUUCCAUACGAGGUCGCGUCUUCUCACCGCAUGAGGUGAACGAGUAUCGGUUAUCGAAUCAGGUGUGGCAGCUAACAGCUUUACUCCUUAUUCAACGGCGCCUUCGUCACUUACCCAGGUCUUCAUCUACAAUCCAAGACCUAGUCCGUCGCAUUCUCGAGGGCGCUGAACGGAUGACACUUCGGGACGGCCUCACGCCCGUAACUCUUCUCACACCUCCGCUGUUUUUUGCGGGCUGUGACGCCCUCGGUCCUCAUCGCGAAAGGGUGCAGCAUCUAUUACAUGGCGUUUCCAAAUGUCUUGGGUUGCUCAACACGCAAAAGGCCCUCGACAUCCUAGAGGAUCACUGGGCGGUGGACGAUGGUCAUGAUGACGAGCUGGCUGAUAUGUCAUUGCCCAAGAUUAGCGAGUUUCUACCAUACUAA